AUGCCUCUCAACCUGCAAAGCGUACGUCAAUAUUUAAGUGAACUAAGAAAUUCUGGAGGAUUACACAAAGAUCAAGCUGAAAAAUAUCGAAAUGUUUUAAUGGAAAUACUAAAAAACACUGAGGGAGAAUUAGCAGAAUGUUUGAAGGCAUUUGUUGAAGCGAUUGUAAAUGAAAAUGUCAGCUUGGUGAUAUCUAGACAGCUACUAACAGACGUCAGCACACACUUGGCUCUGUUGCCAGACAGUGUAUCACAAGAGGUAUCACAUUUUGCGUUGGACGUCAUUCAACCAAGGGUGAUAUCUUUUGAAGAACAGGUAGCAAGUAUUAGACAGCAUCUAGCUGAUAUUUAUGAACGCAAUCAAAAUUGGAAAGAGGCAGCAAAUGUCCUUGUUGGAAUACCACUUGAAACUGGACAAAAGCAAUAUUCUGUUGAUUAUAAAUUGGAGACCUAUUUGAAGAUAGCCCGACUAUAUCUGGAAGUAGAUGAUCCAGUGCAGGCUGAAGCUUUUGUCAACAGAGCCUCCCUCCUUCAAGCAGAAACAACAAAUGAACAGUUGCAGAUAUAUUACAAGGUCUGCUAUGCUAGAGUUUUGGAUUAUAGAAGAAAAUUCAUUGAGGCUGCUCAGAGGUACAACGAAUUAUCAUACCGGAACAUAAUCCACGAAGAUGAGAGGAUGACUUGUCUUAGAAAUGCCUUAAUUUGCACAGUUCUAGCUUCAGCAGGUCAGCAAAGAUCCAGAAUGUUAGCCACCUUGUUCAAAGAUGAGCGAUGCCAGCAGUUACCAGCUUAUUCUAUCUUAGAGAAGAUGUAUUUGGACCGCAUAAUCAGACGCUCAGAACUACACGAAUUUGAAGCACUUAUGCAAACUCAUCAGAAAGCUACUACCUCCGAUGGGUCGACAAUACUGGACCGUGCGGUGUUCGAACACAACUUGCUGUCUGCGAGCAAAUUGUACAAUAACAUCACUUUUGAAGAGCUUGGGGCUUUACUGGAGACUCCACCCGCUAAGGCCGAGAGGAUCGCCAGCCACAUGAUCAGUGAAGGCAGGAUGAACGGAUACAUUGACCAGAUCAGCUCCGUGGUGCAUUUCGAAACCCGUGAGAUCCUACCACAGUGGGACAAGCAAAUUCAGAGUCUUUGCUAUCAAGUGAACAGUUUAAUUGAAAAAAUUGCUGCGGCUGAACCAGAGUGGAUGGCCAAGCUCAUGGAGGAAGAAAUGAUCCAGUAA